AUGUGGAACGUGUUGGCCUACAUAUCGUACUUGCCUCACCAAAAACUCGUCACGGCAGUCACCCUGAUCAGUUGCUCAUGCGUUCUGGUUAACGUUCUGGUUUGGUUCGAUUCCUUUUUCGGAUGGAAUAUUUCUUUUCGUAGAACUUGCUGACGUUCUCGGUGCUGUCGACGUGCGAAGACGCUCUGGGCGAACGCUGGUCUCGUUGUUUCCCGCGUUUCUUCCUCGCCUUCCUGAUCUCGGUCUUCGGUUUCGGGCUUUCCUUGUACUUUGCCACACAGGUUUUCCUCCUUCGUUUCACAACAUUUCAGCCAUUUCUUGUUCAGGGGGGUCGACAUGCGUAUGAGCUUGUCACGGGAUCCGUCAAGUACAUAACCAUUUUCGUGAUUCUGGCCUUCGAGCUUCUGGCAAUCGCCUGGUUCUACUGUAAGCGGAGAUAUAGCUGAUUCACGGCUGGCUUGAGCCAUCUAAAAAAGGGUCCUGACACGAUAAGAAAAGUGACAGUGCCUGGCUGCUGGAGAGCGCAGACAGGUCACGCCCUCUUAGCGUCUCAAGCUAGCCGGGAAUCGACUAUAUUCGGAUUAUCGCCUGACAGAAGGAUUCAGGUGCCCACAAACUGGGAAAAGACUUGCACACGAUGCUGCGCUACUCUUGUUGCUGGUGUUUCGGCCAUUUUCUGCUCUAUUUCACUUAUUUGUUGCCUGUCGUUCCAGCGGUUUGACUUGAACUUCUUUUCCUGAAACUAUAAGGCUUUUCUCAGGGUAUCGCGUUUUUCAACGCGCGAGAGUAUUCUUUCGAGGCAUUCUCACCGCCGAUCCACGCCUGGCGGUGGAGCGAAUACGUCGGAGCGGCUGUGGCUCUCGUUCCACUGGCUCCAAUCAUUCUCUACUUUUUAUUCUAUGUCCUGGCUUCUUGCUGUUGUUCCAGCGGCGAGCAGAAGGUAACUUAUUAUUCAAAACGAUGAUAGGAAAGAUAUUUGCGUCCGCGAAUGUUCGUGAGCGUGAGUUGUGCAUACACCAAUUUUGAAUUUUGAAUACGAUUCUUUUUUUAUUUGAUUUUUCAUCUUUUUUUGUUCACUUUUUUGCCUUUGUUGUUUGUUGCCACAAAUGAACACUGCAUGAUUUUUUUCAACUCGAUUUUUAUCAAAUAAUGCGCCUUUCUCGCAUACACACCGUCAAAGAUUUGCAUAUUAUAAUUCUGCAGAACGUCAACUUCUGUUUACAAAAAAAAAUUGGUAAAUUAAAAAAACUCGAGAAAAAGGUUCCAAGAUUCAAAUUUUUCGAAAAAUUUGAGCCCCCCAGAUUGUUGUAUGCACAAUUCACGCACACGAUUAUUCGCGGACCCAAAAUUCUUCCUAACAUCUUUCAAACUUCUCAAAAUUUUUUGAAAAUAGUUUAGCUGUGUGAUGCUUUUGAGUGUAAAAUAACCUGAAAGGACUCAUAAUUGUGUUGAUUAGCUUUUUCUACUAAGUGAAGAAAAUAAAGUGUCUUAAGAAAGAAAAAUGAAUUACAGGGAAUGAAGACGGCUUUUGCGACACGACUGAACCCCACAGUGACGACAGAAAAAUCGCUUCCGCCAAGAUACUCGAACAACGCCCCAGGAUACCUUCUCUUACCCCAGGCUCCUCUCGCCGAACCCGAAUACGCCUGA